AUGUUGAGCUAUCGUAUCUUGGGCGUUACUCAAGAAACAGUUGACGUUUACCUGCAAGAGAUCCUGCAGCAGGGCGUGGAGCUGGCUGCCGAAGAGGACGCGGUCAAUAAGGCGAGAGCUGACGCAGAUAAAGUGGAUCUAAGUCUUCAGGAGCACAGCUCAAUGUCUACAGCCGAACAGAACGAGCUAGUCGCGGACCUUGUGCAGCAAUUCCUGCUGCCAGAAGUCCACAAGUCCGCUUGCCGUAUCCGAAUUUCCGCACUGCAAGAGGCCAGGAUGGAAGCAGCAAGGGGCAGCAUAUUCGGUACUCUGGACACGGCUGAAGAUAGAAGAGAGAUAUGUACACAGUGUGGAGAGCCCCUGGGUGACCUCUGUCGAUGCAGAGUUUGUCCCAUACAAGACCAUGAGCCGGUUGAGACGAGCGCCAGGAAGGACCAGAGGUGGAGGUAUACCAGAACACGAGAAUACGCCGGAAAAACUCGCGACGAACGCUACACUCCUGCGCACGAUUUUCGCUGCUGGCUGAACGAGUUAAUUGCUGAUGUAACUGUGAAGUCCCGGGAACAUCGCGAGGAAUCGGCGGAGCUGAACCGGAGUCUCAAUCAGCUCUUGAGGGAGAAGGUGGAACUUGAUCUGGAAGCGAGGGAGGCUAUUGACGAAUGCAUUUCUUUGGCGACCGGUGAGACGCAACGUCCAGCGAAAGUGACGGAUUACAGACACUUCAUGAGAAAGAUAAUCGGCGAUGCGUUGGAGAGGAGCGAACCAUUCAAGCCCAAGGCUUUGUGUCCGAAGGAAUUACCUUCGGAGAUCCGUCGGAAGGCUGACGAGGCAGCAGCGAUGGUGGACCCUUACUGCAAAUGCGAAGAACCGUCUCCGCCACCGACGUCUAUACGAUUUGCGGACGUCCAUGACCCUGAUGAAGCAUCGAAGCUCCUACCCUCCGAGUUGAGGGUUUUGGAGGAGAUGAGAAAGUGCAAAUGCGACACCGAACCGUCACCGAGCACUAUAAGAAGUCCACUAACGGACUAUGACUACACUGAAACGACGGUGGACCCAAAUGAAGGAACCGAAGAUGUGGAUCUAGAAGAUAACCAAUAA